GUGGUACUUUCUAUUCGGAGAAGGUCAAAUUUCUGUGCAUGUGCCCGUAGUCGUCAAAGAUGCUCUACCUGACCAAUUAAACUCUCAGUCCCGACUGUUGUUGCACGAGCAUCUGUCUGAACACGGACACCGUGGCAUGUCGUCUACUUUGAAGGUUAUUCCCUGAAGACGUAGUGUCUUCCCUCAACCUGCAGAAGAAGCAUCUCGACAGACAGCAUCCCAACAGUUGCCAACAUGUUCAGCACUAAAAGACUGAAGAAGAAAUCCCAGUCGGUGGAUAUCAUCAGUCAAGGCUUCUCCGCGCUGAUUCCGGGCCUGCAGUUAAAUAGGGCCACGCCACCUGUUGCCAAGACGACCACAUUGGAGGUGCAGGAUAACAACGCCACCAACUCCCAGCGAUUCGUUCCCCGGUGCGCUGAGCUGAAGCGCGGCUAUACCAUAGACACCGGGCAGAAGAAGAGCACGGAGAAGAAGGAUGGACGUCGCAUGUCCUUCCAGAGACCCAAGGGGACCAUGGAGUAUUCGGUGGAAUCCCGGGACACACUCAACAGCAUAGCGCUGAAGUUUGACACCACGCCCAACGAGCUGGUGCAACUCAACAAGCUUUUCUCCAGAAAUGUGGUCCAUGGACAGGUUCUGUAUGUCCCCGACCCUGAGCAUGUGUCCAGCGUGGGGAGUUCCCCCUCCCUCAGUCCCGUCAGCCCCCUGUCGCCCACCUCCUCCGAGGCUGACUUGGAGAAGGUGACGGACUCCGAUGGCCCGCCGCGUUCCGAGGCCCACCCUCCCCCAGUGUACUCGUCCCUGCGGCAGUCCCGUGUGGUCUCAUCCACCUCCGAGGAGGAAGAGGCCCUCACCGAGAAGUUCCUCAAGAUCAACUGCAAGUACAUCACCGACGGCAAGGGUGUGGUGGGAGGAGUCCUGCUGGUCACCCCCAACAACAUCAUGUUUGACCCCCUGCGGACGGACCCCCUGGUGCUGGAGCGUGGCUGUGAGGAGUACGGUAUCAUGUGUCCCCUGGAAGAGGUCCAGUCAGCUGCUGUGUACCGUGAGAUCAUCGACCGCAAGAUCAGCGAGAGCAUACCACCGGAGCUGGACGAUCAGUGGUCGACACCACAACACCCGUCGGAGCUGCGUCUGCGUGAUGCCGGCGGCUACGAGAGCGGCAGCACGGCCCCGCGCAGCACCGAGGGCUCCUUCUCAGAGGACGUCUUCACCGAGUCCGAGCUGUCGCCCAUCCGCGAGGAGCUGCUGUCCACCGAGGAGCUCCGGCUGGAGGACAAGUCAUCCGGCGCCUCCUGUGAGUCCGUCCAGACGGUGGCCCAGGCCGCGGGUGCCGUGGGCUCCGGAGCAGGAGGUGAGACGGGGAAGGGGGCGAGUGGGAGCGCCCGGGGCUCAGUCAGCCAGGAGGAGAGGCCCAGCGGCAGGGAGCAGAGUGACACAGACAGCCACGCCGCCCAGCCCCGCUCCUCCUCCCUGAGCUCAGAGCAGCAGGCCAGCAGCAAGGACCAGCCAGACAGCUGCCCAGGCCAGGGGCCUCCGUCCAGGCUGACCUCGCAGAGCUCCACCACAGGGGCCGGGGCUGGAGCCGGGGCCGGGGCCGGGGCCGGGGCCGGAGAGGCCCCCCUCGGAGCCAAGCUGGCCAGGGACAGGACCCGGGACUCUGAGUCGGACGUGGAGGAGCUGAGGAAGAUGUGGAAGAGUCACACUAUGCAACAAGCCAAGGAGCAGAGGGACAACGUGCAGCAGACACAGACUGAGCCCUCAGCAGCCCAGGCAGAAGGCCCAGCGGUGUUCAGGGAGAGGAAGAGGUCCAGGUCUCACAAGUUCCUGUGCCUGCGGGUGGGGAAGCCCAUGAAGAAGACCUUCCUGUCCAACGCCAGCGCCUCCAUGCAGCAGUACGCCCAGCGCCACCGGAAGCUUGAAUACUGGUUCGCCGUGCCCCAGGAGAGGACGGAGCACCUGUAUGUGUUCUUCAUCCAGUGGAGCCCUGACAUGUACGGCGACGGGCUGGGGGGCCUGAGCCAGGAGCCGGGCUUCAUGGUGGUCAAGAAACUGGAGGAGUCCGAGGGCACUGAGGAGCAGGCCUCCAGUGCCACCGACGGCGACGACAACAAGGAGUGGGAGGUGGUGUCGCUGACUGAGUACCACCGGCGGAUUGACGCCCUAAACAGCGAAGAUCUGCGCGCCCUGUGCAAGCGGCUCCAGAUCACCACCAAGGAGGAGGUGAACUCCAACAAUGGCAGCUCCAUCACCGCCACCCUGGAGCCGGAGACCUUCAGACCCAACCUGAGCGAGCCCAGCGACCUCCUGGAGGCCGACCAGAUCGAAAAGCUGGCCAAGCACCUCCCGCCCAGGACCAUUGGCUACCCCUGGACUCUUGCCUAUGGCACAGCCAAGCAUGGCAUGAGCAUUAAGACCCUGUAUCGAGUCAUGCAGGGGCUGGACACACCCGUGCUGUUGGUCAUCAAGGACAGUGACGGCCAGGUGUUUGGUGCCCUUGCGUCAAACCCCUUUAAGGUCAGCGAGGGCUUCUACGGAACCGGAGAGACCUUCCUCUUCACGUUCUAUCCGGAAUUUGAGGCCUACAAGUGGACUGGAGACAACCUCUUCUUCAUCAAAGGAGAUAUGGACUCCCUGGCAUUUGGUGGUGGAAGUGGGGAGUUCGGCCUGUGGCUAGACGGAGACCUGUACCAUGGCAGAAGCCACACCUGCGCCACCUUUGGGAACCCCAUGCUCUCCAAGAAGGAGGACUUUGUUGUGCAGGACAUCGAGAUCUGGUCUUUCGAGUGAGCGGGUGGCGCGGCGGGGGGUGGGUGGUUUUUUUCGCCGGAGGAAAGGGGAGAGCGGACGGCCUCGGUGCUCUCCAGCGAACGGCAGCGUCCUGAAACGCACUGCACGUCCCUCUUGGCUCCCAAGAAGCCUGUAAAGGAAGCAUACCGUCACUAUGCUUGUCGUCCGUUUUCCUCCUGCAUCUAAACAGGGUUUUUCUUCGUCCAGUUACUUUAUAAAAAAAAAUAAAAUGUUUUCUUCGUGUGUGAGCAUUUCGUUCAAGCCGUGCGCAGCUUCAGGGACAUGUCAAGAGCAGAGAGGGGGGUUUAGGGGAGGGGAGGGAAGGGGCCUUUAGCUGAGCCCUGGUCCGGCUAGCCGUUAGCCAUCUUGCAAAGCACUGUGGGUAAAGGCGCCGCUGGCGCGCUUUGAGACAUAGCGCGGAUGCGAUGGUGGCGCGCGUUUAGGACGGAGACGAGUGAGAACUGCUGUAGUCCACAGGCUGAGAUCGGAACAGAGAAGCACCAGGUUUAGCCCUCCCUUUGGGGACUGGAAGAGGAUUUAGGACGUCACUAAUGCAAUUCUAAUGUGUGCAGAGGCUAGAAGAAAAAAAAUACAUUCCCUUUGCUUUUCAGUGGAACAUCACAAGCUCUGGGAGGGGUUCGGGAACCUCAGCAGGAACAAUGGUGGAACCGCGUAGAGAAAGCGUUUACAGCUCCUGUUUCUUCUGAGGCGUUGAGAGAAAAAAGACGUGAAGAUGAUGAUGAAGAAGAUAAUAAUACUAAAGUGUCGUGAAAUUGUAGUCUUUCUGUUGUCCACCAUCAUAGCACACAGUGUCAAAAGCACAUCCGUAGCUCUUAACCAGAAUUACCCAUCGUCGUAACGUUCUGUUAAGUGGGUGUCCGUGUGAGUUCAGUCAAGGCAAGCCUCUGUCCAGGAGGCUCAGGCGCGCUGUUUGUAGACAGUAAUGUGUCGCAAUAGAUUUGUGGAAUAUGCAAAAUUACUGUCCCGUGACCUCAAAUAAUCCAGGCGGGCACUUGGUCUACCUGUUCUUUGUUGUUCUUUCGGAGAGAACUUGUAAAGCUUUUAACGUCCUUACGGAAACAACUGCUUUUCUGGUUAUCAUUUGAAAAGCCUGAGGCGUGUUAAAUUCUUUUUCUUUUCAUGAAUAUAUUACAAAAUUAUAUAUUUAUAUAUAUGAUUAUAUAUAAAUAUAUAUAAUUAUAUAUAUAUAUGUUGCCGUUAUGUGUGACAGUGAUCUUUUUUGUGCUGAUAUUUCAGCUGUUACAAAUAUAUUGUAUAUUACCCUGUACAUUAAUGUUAAAAUAGUAGAUUUGUUCCUAUAUAAAUAUAUAUAUAUAUAUACACAAAUAUAUAUGAUGUGUGGAUUGGUGGGUUGCUUCUAGCACUUUAAUCUAGUAUAAGGCCAGGUUCAUUAGGCCCUCUGUUAGCAGUAGCUGUACAGUAAAUAUCUGUUUUUUUCUUUUUGUUACUUUUAUUUUUUUGUUUAGGUUUUUUAGUUUUUUUUUUUAAUAGAAUCUAAAACAUAAUUGGUCAUCGUCAGUUGAAAGCUGGCUGCUAGGAUAUGGGAGAGAGGGGGUGGACGGUGAAACCACACGGGGGUGGGUGACGGAAGAAGAGAGGUGAUGCUGAAGGUCAUCCUGAAGGGGCAUAGCAGCGCUAGUUGUUGGGCCUGGUUGAUGGGAGGCCUGCAGGCCUCCCCUGAAGGGUGACGACACAGGGAUGUACAUAACCUGUUAUAUCUCAGCAGCUUUCUACCCCUCUCUGGUCUUCCACAUCAGUAUUUGUGUUCUUGUGGAGUGACAGAGUUAACAUCCUUUUAAAAUCUACUACUACUACUACUACUUCACUGGAAUACAAUGUAACAGUGAUGUAUAAAUGACAAUAAAGGCUACAUAAAUUGU